UCAGCACAACAGAAGAAGCCUCCGCGCCCGUUUCUGCAUUACUCUCUUCUUUGUUUCCGCACUCUCUCUGUCUCUCUUUGUGACCCCAUCAUUCAUUUCUCGUCUGCAAAAGGGAAAACCAGAAGGUGGUGAAAGAACAAUCCUGUUACAGAGGCACGCAAUGGCGGCGUCCAGGACGAUCUCAAAGGACAUCAUCACGUUGAAAGGAUCCGCUGCCAUCGUCAGCGAAUUCUUUGGCUAUGCGGCAAAUAGCAUACUUUACAAUCGAGGCGUUUAUCCAGAAGAAAGCUUCGUUAAGGUGAAGAAAUAUGGCCUGCCCAUUCUGUUAACAGAAGACGAGGGGGUGAAGACCUUCAUCGCCAACAUAACCACCCAACUAUCUGAAUGGCUUGAAUCUGGAAAGCUCCAGAGAGUAGUUCUCGUGAUCAUGAGCAAAGCCACCUCCGAGGUGUUGGAGAGAUGGAAUUUCAAAAUUGAAACGGAUGGCGAAGUUGUCGAAAAGGGUGUUUCUAGAGCCAAGAGUGAUAAAGAGAUAAUGAGGGAAAUCCAAGCCAUUAUGCGGCAGAUUGCUUCUAGCAUCACUUAUUUGCCCUGUCUUGAUGAGCCUUGUAUCUUUGAUGUGUUGGCGUACACUGACAAGGAUUUGACAGUGCCAGUAACUUGGAUGGAGAGUGACGCCAAACUGAUUAAGAACGCUCAAAUGGUCAAGCUUCAUUCUUUUGAUACAAAGAUCCACAAGGUUGACACGCUUGUUUCGUACAAGACCGACGAAUGGGACGAAGAACAGUAAAACUGGAAAGUUACUUGGGGAAUUUUCUAGUGCUGAUGAAGAAGGGCUUCACUUGUGAAUUGUUUAUUCACAAGGUUUUCUCCAUGUUGUUUUGGAUUCAACUGCUGUUGGAGUGUGUAGUGGUGGAAAAUGAGCUGAGCUCCAAGUAAUAGACUAUACGUAUCAUUAAGUUGGGUCAUGCAGAGCGUCCUCUUUCUCAUUGUGAUGGUCUUUCUGCUCUUCCUGCAUUUCUUUGAUUCAUUUUCUUUCAUGAAAAUUAAUAGCAGCAGCUAUUAUUGCCA